AUGAUUGCCUUGCGCCUCAGCAUCGCGCAGCUACGUCGGGCCAAGUUCUUGGAGCAUAUGAUCGCGCCGAUCCUCCUCUUCUCCUACAUGGGACCGCAGCACGCCCGGCUGAUCGAAGCGUUCUUCACGGGCGACGCUCUGACCGUCCGGGCGACCAGACUGUAUGAUCUCCGGAAGAAGGAUGAGGCGGUGUUCAAGCUGCUUGCACAGUGGUACCUUGGGAAGCCGACCGGGACGACGAUGACGACAACGGUCACGACAACAACGUCCUCGUCCUAG